CUACGGCUCGCCGUAGCGCGUGUGGUCCCUCCGGCUCGCCGUAGCGCGUGUGGAUCGUAAUUUGGAUUUUGAGACCCAAACAUGUCGCGCGUCCAGAACGUCACUCUGUCGCUCACGUUACCGAUCUCGUGCCAGAUUUGCCUCGGAAAGGUUCGCAAACCCACCAUUUGCUGUAAUAACCACGUGUUCUGCUUUGGCUGUCUUGACGUCUGGCUGAAGAAGUCGAGCCAGUGUCCUACCUGCAGAGUGGCCAUAACUCCCGAAAAUCCAUGCCGAGAGAUUAUCGGUGCAACAAAUGACAGCGACUCAAAUGAAAGCUAUUCUGUUAAGAAGUGUCUCAGAAAGACCCGUGGGGAAUUGUUACUGCGAGAAUAUGAGGAGGAAAUCGAAACCCUCCUGAAGGAGAAUGAGAACCUGAAGACCAAAAACUCAAGCCUUGAGGCACAACUGAACACUGCUCUAGAACCCAGCACCGUCCUGGUGUCUCGGAGUGAGACUCCAGCCGACCACAGCCUUCUGGAGGACUCGGCUAAUAAGCUCAGAGCUGCCAGUGAUCUCUGUAAGAAACUCAAGCAGGAUAUGGACAAGCUAAAAGAAGCCAACAAGACCCUGCGGUCCCAGAAUGUCGACCUCAUCCAAGGAAACAUGCGCUUGAAGACGGAAGUGGAGAACCGGUCUCCUCAGAAGUUUGGCAGGUGCACAGUUGCAGCUCUGGAGGCGAAGGUCCAGCGUUAUGAGAGAGAGCUGAGCCAGCUGAAGAGAGCCCUGGAGCGCAGCGACACCUACAUAGAGGAACUGGAGGCGCAAAUGGCGGCCAGCCGGAGGGGCGGGGCCCCGGCCACAGAAGGAGCCCAGGGGAGGAGCUCUGCCUCUGUGGAGCGGCAGGGCGAGGGGGUCCAGCGUAGUAGGAUAGCCACGAUGCGGAGGAGUUUGAGCGAAAUGGAGGAACCUUCGGUCUACACCGACUUGGACAGGAAGUCAACUCCGAUGGGUCUCCCGGAUGGGUGUGGCUUACUCUUGACUACGUCAGGCAUGCAUCGUGGGAUGGGCCUGUUGUGUGGAGCUGGGGAGGAGGCACUCCAGGAUGCUGGCAUCCCCUCCACCCCUUCCACACCCUCGUCCUCCCUCAGUUGUCUGAGCCUCAGGAGUCCUGCAGGUCGUGGUGAGGCCAGACCAGACACCCCACGCCUUCCCUACCUCCGCCGGCUCAGGUUUGAAGACCGCGGUAUCGCGGUCGGCAUGCAAGGCCCAGCGACGCCGGCCGAGGGCACAUUAUGGGGAGUCUGGCAGGACCCCUGUACGUCCCUGAGCACGAAUAAGGCCAGAUGUCCACCGAGCGGGGACAGGCUUGCAGGACACAGCCAGGACAGCAUGGAUGCUGCGUACCUGGACAAGAUCUCUGAGCUGGACUCCAUGAUGGCUGAGUGCGAGGGCUCCAGCAGCCAGACCUCUCAGCCGCCUCUGGCGUUGCCGGAGUUCUGCGUUCCCCUGACAGCAGAUCGGGGGGCUGGUGAUGACCUCUUGACUGACCCAUUCACGGUGACAGAGGAGCAGACCAUACCCACAGCACGUGACCUCAGCGAGGCCAAAAACCACGCCCCCUUCAGCAUUCCAGCAUGGCAUGCUGGGAGAAGCAGCGCAGCGGCUGGAAAGGAAGCAGAGGCUUCUGGUGAAUCCAAGAAGCGCAAGAGUGCUGUUACCUUAGCAACCUGCAGUCCUUCCAAACUGUCCAAGAUAAAUAAAUAAAGGGAGAUAUGUGAGAUGAUGAUGGUGUGCCAGUCUGCAGGCCGGGUUGAUUCAGAAGGGCGAUUCACAUUAACUACACCAGGAGAUUAGCUCCUUUGGAAAUGAUGCCUCACUGCUUUUUCUGCGUUUUAGGACAUUAUUACCUUUUCUUAGCAGUUUGUUUCUCAUUUUGUAAUAAUGUCAGCUGUAUGUGUGUUAGAUGUUGGGAAUGUUCUGCUAGUACAGCUCUCACCGUGAUGAGUAUUUUAAUACAGUCAUAGCAAUGACUUUUAUUUGUUCUUUAGAUGAACUAUAGAUGUUCUUAUGUUUUUAUCUAAGUGUCCAUCAUGUUACAUAAGCGGGCUGUCUAGCUGUAACACUUUAAACUCUACUAAAAUAAAUGUAAUGACUUUAAGAACUCA